AUGCAUUCCCGACUCAGACUGUCGCCAUUCGAGCGCAGGAAGAGACGUGACAGACGUUCUGCUCAGCGUGGCCAGCGUCUGUGCGAGCCAGGGGCGAAACGCGAAGGACCCAUGGCGCGACGAGCCGAGCUGCAUUGCCGAGCACUGCAGGGAAACCGUCCGAAGCGAGUGUGCUUUUAUGCGAGGUUCAGUCGCCUCGAUGUGCUUCGUGCAGUCGCAUCGUUACUUGCUGCGCAGGUCGCGUCGCGGACUCGCAACUUGUCUCCGAUGAUGUGCGCCACAUUAGGCAAUCAGGGAUGUGACUUUUGGUGGGGCGGCGACAGUGAUCUUGGAUUGCCUGGACACCAGCAGUACCAGCGCUGCCUCAGCCAGUGGCCUCAGGCAGGACGGGCUGGUCACGCCUAG